AUGUAUCGAAUGGUACAAGUCCAACCCAACGACUGUCAGUUACAACGCAUCUUCUCGAGAAACACUCCGAAUGAGUUCAUUCGUGUUUUUGAGCUACAAACCGUUACUUAUGGGACAGCAUCUGCUCCCUACCUCGCAACGAAGUGUUUGCGACCAUUUGCGGAACUUGAUGGAGAUAGGUUCCCGGAGGCGUCAAAGGUGUUGGCAGAAGAUUUUUAUGUCGACGACAUGAUGUCUGGCGUUGACAGCAUCGAUGAAGGUGUUCAACUGUGUGCUGAUAUUCAAACGCUUCUCAGCGGAGGUGGAUUGGCGCUUCGAAAGUGGAGCUCAAACUGUGCUGUCAUUCUGCAGCAAAUACCCGACGACUGUAAAGAUGAUCAUCAGCUGAACGAAGAUCCCCUACGGUGGAAUGGAGCACCGUGGAUGCGAGGAAACGAAGACAAUUGGCCAGAAAAUGUUCACCUAACCGUGGCAGGUGUCGACCCAACUGUGCUGGAAGAAAAUUCGGCUGUGUCCGUGGUAGUCAAUAUGUCUCCGCCGAACGAAAUCUUCAGCCUCAGAUCAUCGCUGACAAGUUUGAGAAUCACUGCCUGGCUUCUCAGAUGGAAGCACAACGCGCAACAGAGGACUCACAACAAUCGAAGGUCUGGGAUUCUAACCUAUGCAGAACGAGAAUCAGCUCUACUUCAUCUUGUGAGACUCGCUCAACGGGAGUGCUUCGAACAGGAACUACUGGAUUUGCAACGAAAGGGCCAAGUCAAAUCGACGUCUCGCAUUAACACUCUUCAUCCGAUAAUGCUGGAUGGUAUAGUUCGCGUCGGUGGUAGACUGGUGAAUGCUCUAGUUUCAACCGAGAGAAAGCAUCCGAUAGUGUUGGAUAAAAAUCAUCCGUUCACGUCACUAGUAAUGCUUCAUUAUCACUACAAAUUGUUACAUGCCGGUCAGCAACUGCUCAUUGGCAGCGUUCGUGACCGAUUUUGGCCGCUCAGCAUACGUAGUCUUGCCCGGCAGACAAUACACCGUUGUGUAACCUGCUUUCGCAACAAACCGACGGUUCACGAACAACUGAUGGCAGACCUGCCUUCUGAACGUGUGACCCCAGCACCGCCUUUUCUCCGUGUGGGGGUAGACUACUGUGGUCCGUUCUUCAUCAAAUACCCUAAUCGCCAACGAGUUCCUGUGAAAUAUUACGCUGCCAUAUUUGUGUGUUUGGUGACCAAGGCGGUCCAUAUCGAAAUGGUCGCAGAUCUGACGACGCCAGGAUUUUUAGCCGCUCUGAAACGAUUUGUUGGCAGACGUGGCAAACCAACGAUCAUCAUGUGUGAUAACGGCAGUAACUUCGUGGGGGCAAAACGUGAACUAGACGAGCUCCGCCAAACCUUUCUGUCGCAACAAUCACAACAGUCGAUCAUCUCCGAAGCUGCAGAUUCCGGCAUGGAAUUCCGGUUCAUUCCAGCAAAAACUCCUAACUUUGGCGGCUUGUGGGAGGCUGCCGUCAAAUCGAUGAAACAGCAUCUCCGAAGGACGAUCGGAUUGAUGAUUUUGACUCCGGAUGAACUGCAAACGGUAUUUGUGCAAAUAGAGUCAUGUUUAAACUCAAGGCCUCUCACUCCGCUGAGCAACGACCCGUCAGAUUUCGAGGCAUUAACACCGGGGCAUUUUUUAAUACAACGGCCGCUGACGGCAGUACCCGAGCCAGCACUGAAGGAGGUUCCAGCAACCCGGCUAUCUCGAUGGCAACAAGCACAAGAGUUUCUACAGCACAUCUGGGCCAAAUGGUCAACGGAAUACUUGUCCAAUCUACAUAACAGAACCAAAUGGACAAGGCAACGAAACAAUUUGUUCGUGGGGACGAUGGUUUUGGUUAAGGAAGAUAACCUUCCCCCACUCAAGUGGGCACUUGGACGUAUAACGCAUAUCACAUCGGGCAGCGACGGAAAUAUCCGUGUUGUUACGGUAAAAACAAAGGAUGGUAGCUUUACUCGGGGAAUAUCAAAAAUUUGCAUCCUGCCCAUCUGCGACAACGAGCCAUCUGGCUCCCGCGAACCAGUGAAGUUAAUGAAUCCCACCACGGCGGCCGGGGAGUGCACCCCCAUAAGGAUCGCCUCUUCGACACGUUACUUCAAGACCACACACGAAUAUCGGUACAAGGCCGAUUAA